ACUACACUUCCUGUUUCCAGCACACUUCCAGCGGCCUUCCUAUCACUCACCCCCGCAGUUGUUUUGAGGAAUCAACAGCAUUCAACCUUUUUUCCCCUUUUAUAUCUAAUUUUGUCUGUUUUUCCAUCACCAAUCCAGUCAAGUGAUUAAAACCAUGGACAAAAAGGCUGUGUUGACUGAACUGCUGAGGACAAAGGAGACAUCAACAUUUCUCGGUGGGGAGAGUCCUACCACUGUAAUUACAGGCAGUAAAUACAUACCACUGCUCUCCGGGGCAGUUCAGGGUGACUGCACUGUUGAUUAUGCUGUGGACGCUGCUCUGCUCAGUGAGAUCAGAGGCGUCUUACUCAUCGGCCCAGAAGGAUCAGGUAAAAGCACCGCCCUGCAGAAGCUUGCUGUGGACUGGGCCCAAGGCGAACGCCUUCAAAACUUUUCAUUUGUUUUCCACUUCAACUUGAGAGACUUCAAUUCCCUUGGAGGUGAACGUUCUCUAAAAGCUCUGCUGCAAAGCAGUCACCCUUCACUGACUGCUGGCUCUGUGGCCGUGGUUGCAAAGAGACCUGAGGAGGUCUUGUUUGUAUUUGACAGUCUGGACCAGUACAGACAUAGUCUGGACCCCUCCGUCCAUGCCCUCUGUUCUGACCCAAACCAGGAGGCCGCGGUCUCCUGUCUGGUGGCCAGCCUGCUUCACGGGUCCUUGCUGAGAGGAUCCGCCUUCGUUGUGGCCACCAGGCCAACAAGCAACUUGAAAUAUCUGAAUGGUACUCAUGUAGAAGUUCUGGGUUUUUCCAAACUACAGCGAGAGGUCUACUUUACUAAUUGUUUUACCGACGCCAAUGCUACCAAACCGUUACUCCACAUGGAAAGGACUUUAGGAUUUUAUAAUAUCUGCUCUUCUCCGAGGUUUUGUUGGACAGUUUGUUCAAUUUACAGUCUCCUCCUGGAUUCAGGUGCAAAACUUCCAGAGACUCUAUCCCAGCUGUUUGUAGACAUCCUGGUCCACCUGAUGGAGACGCUGUGCUUGAAUGAGGCCAGCGUCAGAGCGCUUGUGUCGCCCCUCGGCAGGAUGGCCUCCCUCUGCUUACUUGACCAUUCAAACAUCGCACAGGAGUCAAUAAAAUCCUUUGGCUGUCAGCAGCUUCUUACUGCAGUUGAUGCUUUCCUGGUUGUAGACGGGGACCCGGAGUCGGAUAAAUGCACCUUCUCCUUCCGAUCCCAACUGAUGCAGGAGUUCAUCUUGGCUUUAGCCUUCUUCCUGAGGGAGUCACCAGGUGAAGGUGUGGAACAUUUUCUGACAAAACACAAAGGCAGGGCGACGUUUCUAGAUUUCUUCUUGUCGGGGCUCUCGGAGGAAGUCCAACGAAGACCGCUGGAGACCCUGCUGGGAAAAGCAAACCCUGAUCAGAUCGAGGAUUUCAGGCGCUGGUUUAAAAGCAGCUCAGCAGAGACGUGGAGAGGAUAUGAGAAAGACAAACACUACAGAUGCUUCCAUCUGCUACACCAAGCGCAGAAUGAAGCUUUGACUAAGGAAAUCAUCACUCCUUCAGCACGGCUUGAGUAUCACACAGAUCUGAGUCUCCAGGACUGCGUGGCUCUGAACUAUGUCGCCAUGUCUUUCAAUAAAAUACCAUCUCUCAGUUUGUGUGGAACAAACAUUCUCCCGGAGAUGGCAAAAUUCCUGACUCCAACUAUGAGUGUGUCCCACAGUCUAAACUUUUCACACUGCACCUUUAGCACAGGAGCUAUCCCUCACUUGGCCUCAGCUCUCAGAAAUGGAGUCGUCAGCGAUCUGUGUCUGUACAAUUCCCACUGCGGUGAUGAAAUGCUCAACGUUCUUGCCACAUCGCUCCAAAACAGCAAGCUGCAAAAGCUCAGCCUUCAUGGCUGCGACCUGACAGGAGGUUGCUGUGACGACCUGGUUCCUCUGCUGACCUCUCAGCUGUGCACGCUGGUGAUCAAUUUUAAUCAGAUUGGAGAUGAUGGCUUCAUAAAACUCUGCAAAGCACUGAACUGUCCUCACAACAGACUGCAAGAGCUCGACAUGCACAACUGCAAUUUGACGGCUGCAUCCAUGGAGGCUUUUGCAGAAGCCCUGUGCUCCGGUCAAUCCCACCUGAGAAAAGUGAACCUAAGAGCCAACAAGAUUGGAGACGAUGGAGUGAGAGCUUUGUCUAAAUCCUUGCAGAACUCAUUUUGUAAGCUACACAGCCUUGAACUCUAUGAUACUGAGCUAACAGGCGCAUGUUGCUCGCACUUGAAAGAGGCCUUGGAGUCUGAGCAUUUCUCUCUGUUGGAGCUCGAUCUGUCAGUGAAUGAAUUGGGCCAGGAGGGGGCGCUGCUGCUCUGCCAAGGCUUAAACCGACCCGGAUGUCCCAUUGAAAAACUCUAUCUGAAUCGCUGUGAGUUAACUCCCCCCGUCUUUAAGGAGCUAGCCUCACUCCUAAAAGUUGGGACACUGAAAUCCCUGAGUGUGGGUGUCAAUGACGUAGGAGACAAAGGGGCCAAAUAUCUUUGGGAGGCCGUUGCACAUCCUAAUUGCUUGUUGGAGGAGCUGGAUGUUGAAAUGACCGGUUUGACGGACGCCUGCGUCGAGGACCUGUGUGCUGCUUUAAGAGCCAGCAAGACUCUGAAGAGGCUGGAGAUGAAAAACAACUCCCUGACGGAUGUCUCUGUCCCGGCGAUCAUUCGAGCCUUUCAGGACAGCGCCAACAUGCAGGAGCUGAACUUGAGGUACAACGACUUUAGUGAGGAAGUUCUACACUUGUUAGAUGAGGCAAAGAUUCGCUACUGAAGGAGGCCAACAUCCACUGACCUCAGGGGUCUACAGAAGUAGAAGUCUGGAGUGACAAAGAAUCUUAAAAGAAAAUCUUAAAGAAUGCACUUCACCGGUUCACCUGUUCUGGGAUGUGAACUUUAUCAGAGGUAGUAAUGCACUCAGAAAACUCAAACAGUUUAGCUGAAGCACUGUGACAAGCAUCUUUCUCGGCUACUAUUGGGACUCAGAGAUGCACUUUGAGCAAAAGCGGAAGCUGGUGUUAAAACAGGUCACUUUUUCCGACACCAGGCUUUAGGAACACCUCCCUUCAGUCUUUGUCAAAACCAUUUAUGAGAACUGGACUGACCCUCUCCCCAGGCGUUCCAAACAGGAAGUACCCGCUGGCUCCAAGAUGCCAAAAUCCCACAGACUUUUAUAGUUACUCAGUCAUAUUUAUCAGAAUAACCAUUCUUGCUCUACAACUUUUUAACAUUUCUUCAUAUAUUUUUUUAUUUUAAUGUAAGUUGUAGAAUUCCUCAAUAAAAACAUGUGGUGUCCAGUUUUUCCCUGAAUCUGCUUUCAGUGGUAGGAGUGUAGACUCCCAACAAGCUUACUUCUAACUGGUUGCCAUAGAAACAUUGCCUCUGAUGGACUAGAACCAAUCACUUGUUACGGACGUCAUCCAGCUCCAACAUGGCGGCAUGGUAAUAGUCAUCAUCUAUCUACAACCCAUUUUACAACUCAUUGUCGUGAUUCAUUUUAUUGUGUUUGCUCAUUUAUCAUAUUUUCCCUUUUAAAAAUGGGUGUACUUCUUUUUUUUCCCAAUUGGGAGUCAGUUUUACCAUCAGUCCAGAUGAAAAAUAGCUUUUGAGCUCUGGUGCAUUGGCAGCAAUGCUUUUUAAUGUGCAAUGUCUAUGUCAAAUAAAUAAAUCUAUAUCAUGAAAAAAUGGCAACCGACUUCACUUUGUUGGAGCCUAUGAGUUAGCCAUUUUCUAUACACUCGCUUGGUCCAGUUCUUAUUUACCGUCAAUGGUCAACCAUCACAGUUUGAUUUCUGAAAAAGGAACAGUUGAGAAUGCAGGAAAUAAUAACAAAAGACCCAACAAUAAUUAAGUGGAAGAUGUACAAAAAGUUUUUCUUUCCUCAUUACAUUUGGUACAACAGACUCAAUACAAUGAUUUGUCAUCAAGUAGUCCUUCCUAUUUUUGGUAUUUGGUUUCCUAAGUACAAACGGUGAAGCAGCACGUACAGCUUGAAUUCUUUGGUAUUCUUAAAUUAGAAAAUACAAAUACACACACAUGUAUAUAUACAUUUGAUGCAGUGAUUUCCUUUUCUCUGCAGUAAUAUAAGCAUUUGUAGUAAAUUCUAAAUUCAGAGCAUUGCGGUGUGGGAAUUUUUUUUUUUUCCCUACACACAAACUUUUCUGUUGCUGCUUGCAAACAAGUGUAAACAUCGUGCUGGAAAACUCAAAAGUUUGGGUGCCACACAUUCCUGAAAAUCUCAGCACCUCUCUUUGGAAAAAACAAAAUAACAACAAGUGUUGGAAAGGCACUUCGGAAAAAGUUACAAAAACCUGGAAAUAACAAACACACAACAUGGCGGCCCUUCAGAAGCCGUCACCUGUGGCUCUGCUGUCCUUUAGGUCUUAGUGUGGUUCGUGUUCCCAUGACUGUUGGAGUAAACAUCUUCAUCGGAGCUGCUCUCUAUGUCACUGCGGUCAUCUUUAGAAACCUGUGGAGGAACAAAAAA